UGGCAGCAUAAGUUUAUUUUUUGAUUAUAUAGUACAACUCAUGUGGCGUAUGCAUUAAUUUUCAGUUUGCUUUGUUAUGCUACAGUAAAUUCUAGAAAAUUUGCUUAUACAGAGAGUCGAACCCAGAAGCUGAAGUGCUAUUGAGGCUCCUGUAACCAUUAGGCUAUGUACCCUUUCACGUGGCAGCAUAAGAUUAGGUAGUGGAAUUGGUGAUAUGGAUGAUGAGACAGUGACUUGAGCAAGGAUGGCUUAACUUUACAAGGGCAAUGAUUUUUUAGAAGUUAAAACUUUUAGUAGCUAUCAUUUUGUCUUGUGUUAAUGUUCCCUUUUUAAGCACUAGUAGUCCAAAAUACCUCAGAGAUGCAUGAGCCGGAAGUACGUAGUAGUAGGUUUUGUAGCUAUGGUGGAAAUUCUAUCAAAAAAAAACUAUGCCGGAAAUGGAUAGCAAAGAAGAGUAGGCAACAACAUAUUGUAGGGAAAGAUAGUACAAGUGUGAAUGGUCAAAGAAAAAGAGUUGUGCCAACCAACAUGUUUUACGAGUAAGAAGAUCUAGGAUUUGAUAAAAUGUACUAGAAUUAAAGUGAUAUUUACAUGAAUAAUCGAGGACCCUUAGGUGGGAGACAAGUGGUGAAGGUAGUAGCGUUAGAAUUUCCGUACUGCCCAAACUGCAUCAUCAUCUGGAACGUUCGGCAACGAUCCAAUGAUCCAUCGGCCUAAGCCAUAAACCACACCCGCAUAAGCACUCUCUGCGUCCUGCGCUUCUACCCAGGACGAACCCCAAUUUCCCGAUCCCCUCUCCUUGAUCUCAGCAAUGGCGAGCCCCGAGGUGAGCGAUUCUUCUUCUCUCCCCUUCUCUACUCGCCGUAGCGAUCUAGUGUCAGCCGCCGCGUGGUUCCUUUGCACGAUCUCGCUCGCUUGCUCCACUCCCACCUGCCGAGCGCUGACGCCUGACGGGGGCCGUGGGCGGCGCGCGUGUUCCUCCUACGAACGCAGGCCGGCGGCUCCUCGCGGAGGACUUCUCCGCGCCCUGCAGGGAGGACCGCUUCUGCGUGCCCUGCGCCGCCGCCUUCUGCGACCACUGCUGCGGCGCGCACCACCGCGGCCAGGGGAGACACGAGGUCGUCGUCCGCGCAGCAGCCGCCGCCGCCGCCGAGGGGGCCUGGACCAGGCCCAGCCCGGCGCGGCGCAGGGCACCGCCCGCAGCGGGGAGAGGGACUCGUUCUGCGUGAGCUGCGGCGCGGGCUUCUCCUCCGCGCUGUGCGGGCACCACGUCGGGCACGAAACCUUCCGCGUCGUCGUCUGCGAGGGCCUCUACUGCGCGCGCUGCACGGGCUCGGAGCCGUGGUUCCACCUGUUCACCGGCAUCCAGACAUACCGUGACAAGAAGGGUCACAUCCUGGUUCCGCUGCAUCCUCGCUGCAGCGGGCGCAGGUGCAAGAGCUACGGCGGGUGCUGCCGGUAGAUGAGACCCAGGCACCGGCCGAGCAUGAAAAUCAGCCCAAGUGCUGUCCGUCCAUCAGGCCAUGCUAGCCGGUAUUUGGUAGUAACGAGCUUUGAGCCUGGCGAUAGGCUUCUGGAUUCUGAUCAUUUCUGAACGAGACAUGUCGUCAUGCUGUCGUUUGAUUUGUUUUCUUCUGUAACUCGGUGUUUGUACUGUAUUGUAUGCUGCUGCGCUUUCGGAUUCUGAAUUUACUGCUACCUGCUUGAACUUGAACGCUAUUGUCGCCUAUGUUUCGUCUUAAUG